UUUCGUCUGCGGUCUAUUACAUCCGGGCAAUUAUACGACUUUCAACAAUGGCCGAGGACUUACAAGAAAGUUUGACGAAUUAUAAAUUGCAAUUACAACAGGUGGAAGCUGCUCUCACAACAGAUCCCAGUAAUGCUGACCUAAAUAAACUCAAGAUAGAUUUACAGGAAGUGAUAAAUUUAACAGUAGACCUGAUAAAGAACCAGGCAGGUGCUGUAGCUACUGCUGUCGUAGCUGCUGCUACAUCUGCUGAUGACAAUGAAACCUCUACAGCAACACACAGCUGGAAUGUUGGAGACAAGUGCUCUGCUAUAUACUCAGAGGAUGGCAUGUAUUAUGAUGCAGUUAUAGAUGAGGUGUUGGAAGAUGGUUCUUGUACUGUGACAUUUGAAAGCUAUGGUAACACAGAUCUAACUCAGGUAUCGUUACUCAAACCGCGGGAUUCAAGCCUGAAGCGUGCGGCCGGCGAAGAGGCCGAGGGUAGCGGAGGGAAGAUGAAAAGGAAAGAUAAGCUAGCAGCUGAGAGGGAAUACAAGAAGAAAAAGAAUGAAAAGAAAAGACAGAGACAGAAGCAGCAGGAAGAGGAAAGGGAAGACGAGAAAAAGAAAUGGCAGUCCUUUAAUGCCAAGAAUAAGAGGGUAGGUUUUAACAAGAAGAGCAUUUUUGCCACUCCGGAAGCUCCAACUGGGAAAGUGGGCGUUGGAACUUGUGGCAUCGGCGGCAGACCUAUGACAAACUAUCACCAGAACGAGAAGUGGAAGAAGGGUCUCUGAGACAAACAAUCGUCAAACUGAGUUCUUAAAAAGGAAAAGAUCUUUUGUUGUCCUUAUUAUUGCUGUAGACAUCAUAUCUGCAGUGUAAGGUGGGAAAAAAAAAACUUAAGACACUUGCACUUGUCAAAAAGAGUUCUGAACCCAUGACACAAAAAAAAUAUUAAUGUUUAUACAAUCUGCCAACAACUGGAGAUGGACAGCUGUAGAAAGAACCCUAGACUUGUACGUGUGGACUUGCAUGUUAUAAAAGAGAUGAUGUGGAUUCAAUUUCUCCAACUCUGACUGGGUUGUCAAUGGUGAAUGUUGGGUGAGAGAGCUUUAAGAUGUGAACACGUUGAACUAAGUUUAUAAAGAAGGAAAAUGUAUCCCGAUUUCUCACAUCACUCGUUGCAGAAACCUGACUGCAUAAUUAGCAUUGAGAAGUGGUAUUGAGUAUAAAUUCUAUUUUUUUUUUUUUUUUUUUAGAAGUAAGAACUGGUUCUUUAAAUAACAUUUCAUGAUUGGAAUACACAAUUGUCGAAAAAAAAGUUUCAACACAUGUCAACAGUGUUAAAAGCCGGAUGUAAUGAAUCAUUUUGAAAUAGUUUUUAUUUAUUUUUGUACUAAUUCUACAGGCCUUUACUUUUUUAUUGCAAAAUUCUCAUUUGACAAACAUAUGUAUGAAGUGAAUACAUUACAAAAUCACAAAAGAAGCUGAUGCUGAUUUGUUUUAG